AUUUAUGUGAUGGUGUUGCAAAGUCUUCCAGUUGCAGUAGUUGUGUGGCGUCAUUUCAAAGUCUGAGUGACGAGCAGUUCAUUGCUUCUUUGCUGAAAUGGCUGCAUUAACCAGAAAUCGAAUUUCAGAAGGACUUUUGCUCUGUAUAAUUUUGUCAGUACGUUUCUCAAAACUCCAUGGCCAGAUUUCGACCCAUCCCGUGGUACUUGGAAGAUUGGGGUCCCCUGCUUCGUUGAGCUGUCAUUCCAACAGGGUUCCUCUCCGCUUGUGUUUAUGGGAGCAAAAAGAAAGUGACAAACUCAUUGCAACCUUUGAUCAAUCCAAUUAUCAGGAAGUAACCUCUUCCGCAAAAGAACUCUACACAUUUGAUGGGCCUCCAUUAGACCAGGGUAGUUGUGGAAUACGAAUAGCUGUGAUAAAAACGAGCGAUCUACAGCGAUGGAAAUGCACUUUGCUAGCGAGGGAUAAUAUCACAGCAGUUUAUCGAGGAAGUGUCCUCCUUCAAGGGGCAGAAACUGUGGGCUCUGAUGACUCAAAUUUCAGCAUUGGCACCGGAGGAGGAGAAGUCACGACGACGGCAAAGAAAGAGUCGGGGUCUCGUGGUUUCAAUCUGGGGAGCGGCGUGGGUCGACCCAUCGUCACUGCGCAGGGGUCAAUCUCAUCCGCAAUUCCAAUUAGCAACUCUCCCCCACAAAAGGUGGCUCCCAUUCAGGAAGUCGAAGUUCAGUCUGCAGGACUUACCAUCGUUCCUCGAAGGAGAGACAGGAAGCUCGUCAUUUUGUAAGAUAGAAAAAUUCCAAAACCAAUAUUUAGUUCUUACUCUUUUUAAUUUAUUUAUUUAGUAACAAUAGCAGGUAAUAUGUGUUAACAAAGAUUAUAAUCAAGUCCAUGUAUUUACAGCAUCAUGAAUUUCAGUGAUUCAAAAUUUAGUUAAAACUUAACCGAUAAUAAAUGAUAAAAAUUGCGUAAAAAAGACAAAAGAAUUAUAACAUAAUCUCAACUUUACCUAAUGCGACUUGUACAUAGAUAAGUAUGUAUUUUGUGUAAUAUAA